GCCAAGAGCGGCGGCUGACCGAGCGCACCUCGCAGCUGCCGGGCGCGUCCCGGGGGACCGCUGCUUUGGGUAGAGCUGUUGUGUGGCUGCUUCUCCCAGGUUCUAAGCUUCGGGUUCUUUGUGCCCUCGCUGCUGUCUGCUUUGAGACGACUUUUUGCUGAAAAGCUAGCCAUCCUCCCCCUCGCCCCUCACUCACCGCUUCCCACCCAACUUAGUGCCUUUUCCCAGCUGUCCGCAGCUGUCUCCCACGCCCUCCGGCCCCUAGAGAACCGCAGCCAUGGGUAUCCGAGGCAUGCUGCGGGCCGCUGUGCUCCUACUGCUCAUCAAGACCUGGCUUGCGGAGAGCAACGGCCCCAACCCCAUGCCGAAAUCCCACUUCGAGCUCCCCUCCACCAUGCCCCAAGUCGUCCUGGACCUCUUCGAUUGCAAAAAUUGUGCAAAUGAAGCUGUGGUUCAAAAGAUUUUGGACAGGGUGCUGUCGAAAUACGAUGUCCGUCUGAGACCAAAUUUUGGAGGUGACCCUGUGCCCGUCAGAAUAUCUAUCUAUGUCUCCAGCAUUGAACAGAUCUCAGAAAUAAACAUGGACUAUACAAUCACAAUGUUUUUUCAUCAGGCCUGGAAGGAUUCACGCUUAGCAUACUAUGAGACCAAUCUGAACCUGACCCUAGACUAUCGGAUGCAUGAGAAAUUUUGGGUCCCUGACUGCUACUUUCUGAAUAGCAAGGAUGCUUUCGUGCAUGAUGUGACUGUGGAAAAUCGAGUAUUUCAGCUUCACCCAGAUGGAACAGUGCAGUAUGGCAUCCGGCUCACUACUACAGCAGCCUGUUCCAUGGAUCUGCGUAAAUUCCCGAUGGACAAGCAAGCCUGCAAGCUGGAGGUGGAGAGCUAUGGCUACACAGUUGAAGAUGUCAUAUUAUCCUGGGAAGACAAUGAGAAUGCCAUCUACAUGACUGAAGAGCUGAAAAUCCCUCAGUUCAGUUUCAUAGGAAGGACUAUUACUAGCAAAGAAGUGUAUUUCUAUACAGGUUCCUACAUGCGCCUCAUCCUGAAGUUCCAGGUGCAAAGGGAAGUCAACAGCUAUCUUGUACAGGUCUAUUGGCCCACUGUCCUCACAACCAUUCUCUCCUGGAUAUCAUUUUGGAUGAACUAUGAUUCCUCUGCUGCUAGGGUGACAAUUGGCCUAACUUCAAUCCUCGUCCUGACUACCAUCGAUUCACAUAUGCGGGAUAAACUCCCCAACAUUUCUUGUAUCAAGGCCAUUGACAUCUAUAUCCUUGUAUGCUUGUUCUUUGUGUUCCUGUCCUUGCUGGAGUAUGUCUACAUCAACUAUCUUUUCUUCACCCGAGGACCUCAGCAUCAUCGUAGGCAACGCAGGAGACCCCGAAGAAUGAUUGCUCGCUACCAUUACCAGGAAGUGGUGAUGGGAAACGUUCAGGAUGGCCUGAUUAACAUGGAAGACGGAGUCUGCUCUCUUCCCACCAGCCCCGCACGGGCCUGCCUGGCGAGCCCAGAAAGCCUCAGCUCUUUGGCGUCCACCUCAGAGCAGGCCCAGCUGGCCACCUUGGAAAGCCUCAGCCCACUGUCUUCUCUCUCAGGCUGGGCCCAGUUGGCCACUGGUGAAAGCCUGAGUGAUCUCCCCUCCACCUCAGAACAGGCCCGGGACAGCUGUGGUGUUCACUUUAAUGCCUCUCACCCUGAUGGCUGUGGUACUCCUACCAAAAUCCACAACCAUGCUGAGGCCCAGGGCUGUGCUGAAACCCAGGAUGAUGAAGAUUCUGAAGAGAGCUUGAGCUCAGAUGAGAGCCAUGGCCAAGACCCCAGAGGGAGGCCUGUCAUGCACCAUAGCCAGAGGUAUGCUCCAGAAGCAAGCUGGGUCCUUGAUGACAUCGACAAUUUACAUGAUGACAUUGAUGUUGAGAGCAACUUCCAUGGUUUUGAGGAGCAACUGAAUUAUAAUGCUGAUGGUGUCCAGAGCAUUAAAGAUGAGCUCGUAACCUGUGGCCAGGAGAACAGUAGCUCAGAGUCUGAGGAUAGUCGCCCCCCAAGCCCUGGGUGUUCCUUCACUGAAGCCUUCUCCUUCCAGCUCUUUAACCCUGCCUAUGUCCCUAAGGUCGACAGGUGGUCCCGAUUACUCUUCCCUCUUUCCUUUGGGUUAUUCAAUGUUGUUUACUGGUUAUAUCAUAUCUAUUAAUCCUCCAGGGCCCCAGGGCAACAGGGAAACUGUGCUGCCCUCCUUUCAUGGUACCGUUUGAUUCUGUUUUCCCCCUUUUGCUUUGUUCAUUUUAGUUUGUGUUUGUUUGGAUAAUCCAACCAGUUCAACACUUCUGUUCAUAAACAUGAGAUGUGAAGUAGUGGGAAAAACAUUCUGGUUAGAAGGGAAGGGGUUGAGGAGGAGUUGAGGGGUAAAUAACACAUUGAUUUCUUUUCCUUCUAGAAGACACUCACCUUUUCGAAGGCUUCUGGGCAUAGAAAAGCCUCUGGGACUGUUUAUCAGAGAGGAGCUAGCUUGGAGAACCAAGGAAGAUCCAAGCCUUGACCACAAACCUUUCUGGGGGAUUUUCUGUGCCUUAGAGGUGUCUGGAUUUCUUUUUCAUUACUUUGUUUUCUUCCCUUUUUCCCUCCGAGGAAUUGUGGAUGCUGUUCACACUCUGCUUAGGGCUUUAUGGGAGAAAGUCAAGCUGGGCUGGGUUGAGGUGCAUAGGGAAGUACAGGGUACUGUCUAUAGGAAAGUUGGGAAACAUUUAUAGAUGCCUUUCCCCCCACAAUUUGUGUGGAAUUCUAAGUGUGGUGUUGUGCAGGAUUGGGUGGGAAAUUGGGGCGUGUAGAAGGUAUAAAGUAAGGUAAGUAAAAGAGCAGGUCUCCAGUAGGAGCUUGCAGGAAUGGCAUGGGGUGGUGUAGGAUUGGAGACUACACAGGCUGAGCUGGCUUCUUUGGAGGGAUUGGAGCUUCUCUGGCGUAUAUUUCUGCUUUAGUGUGCUUGAUAAUAGGGACUCAGUACUUCUGUCUAAGUCAAAAGUUAGCUUUCUUUUCAGUUGCUGAGUUAAUCACUUAGUCACAGAGUAAGCACUUGAAUAAACAUCAGAUUAGGAAAGUUCAGACUUGCCGUUUCACCAUCUGAUCUAGAAUAGCGGUUGAACAAUUAUUGUGAAUCUAUAUACUUAUCUUUCUUUGUCUAGUGCAUAGUAAGUAUUAACGAGAUCAUCAACCCAUCACCUUGUUGGGCCUUUACAGGAACCCAGUGAGCCAGGAAGGCAAAGCACAUUGUCCCCAGUGUUCCAAGGGGGAAAAUGAAGCUCGUGUGCCAGGCUUGUGGGCAUGCAGUCAAUGAGUGAUAGAGCCACCCCACUUGCUCUUCCUCCCCCUUGUCCUAAUUCUCUCAACUGAGGCAUUUCCCUUUCUUUUUCCCCUUAGCAUAAGGGGGUGCUCUGGCAGAUUAUACCUAGCUUUCAGACUCCCAACAUCAUUCUACAGCAUGAGGAGCAUCUCUGAACAAGACCGGUAACUAGGGGCUGGCACUGUGGCACUGCCUUUGGCACUGGCAUCCCAUAUGGGGGCCAGUUCAUGUCCCGGCUACUCCUCUUCUGAUCCAGCUCUCUGCUGUGGCCUGGGAAAGCAAUGGAGGAUGGCAGAAGUCCUUGGGCCCCUGCACCCGCGUGGGAGAUCUGGAGGAGGCUCCUGGCACCUGGCUUUGGAUUGAGCCAACUCUGGUUGUUGUGGUCAUUUGGAGAGUGAACCAGCAAAUAGAAGACCUUUCUCUCUGUCUUUCCCUCUCUCUGUGACUCUAUCUCUCAAAUAAAUAAGCAAAAUCUUUUUAAAAAAUAAAAAAAAGAAGAAGACCAGUAACUAGCCAAUAAGCACAAACAGAGCAGAUGGAAAACAUGGGCACUGCCCACCGACCAGGGGUCCUCACAGUAGGAUUGGCCUGAACUCCAGCUUGCCAAGCAGCUCCACCUUAUCAAUGGAGGCCGUGCAGGAAUGAGCUUUGUCAAGCACUCAACCUGUGUUCCCCCUUCCUCCCUAGGCAGCCUGUCCUACAGGCCCUCACCCCUCUGUGCACUCAUACUUUUAACUGUGCUUCUGUGUUUGUGUUUCUGUAUGUACCUAGGUGUGUGUACGUGCAUGCAUCAAGGUAGGUCUGUGUGCACACACAGCUAUUUGAGAAGCCGUAUAACACUGUUUAUCAGUGUAACACACACACACACACACACAAUGUAUGUGCACUUAUGUGAAAAUGUCUCUUAUAUGUGUGUGUACACACAUGGGUGCAAAUUGUGUGCAUGUAUAUAAUAAGUACAUUUCUACAUAUCUGUGUUUAUCUGAUUUGAAUGGGUAUGAAAGGAAACAUGCCUGAAAGCAUAUGUAUUACCUGUUGGUGGCCCUCCUAAAACCACCAGAAUUUCUUCGGCCUGUUCGCAAAUAAGGGAGGCCCUAUUUGGCUGGGCUAGUCCACUGACUGUUUCUUUCAAAUUCCCUAUCCCAGGGAGCAGUGUCUCCUUGUGGCCCCCAUCUACUCUUCAUCCCCCCUUCCAUGCAUCUGUACUAUCUCCUGGAUAGAAAACUCAGAGGAAGUGAAUGUAGUCCUAAAAAGUGGUAAUGUAGUGCCUUGAGGUAGGAAGUGCCUGGGGAAGGAAAUACUUGAUCAUGGAAUAAGCUGUGAGCAAAGUCUAUUUCACUUGGUCCUAGAAGGACGUAUUCGGGAGUUCCAGGCUGGAGAGAGAGCCUGCAAGAUACAUUUGGAAUUGAAAUAUAGUGUAGACAAUGGGGCAGGAGGGCUUGAGAACUCGAGAGGAGGUGGCUUAUGGUCUUUAUAACUCUUCCUUUAAUUCUAAUCACCUUGUGAGCCUGACACACACAUAUGAGGUGCUGGCAGCUGCAGGCAAGUGGGUGAUGUGAAAGAAUGCUCAGGGGAUUGACUGCCAGCUGCUGCAUGCUAAGAACCAAAGAAGUGUGGGAUGGCUGCAGACAUGCACUGUGUGCCCACUCAGGGACAAGAAGCACUUUAGUAUCCCAUUCUGGGAUGGUUGUUGGCUACUGGACUCCAGCAAUCAGCCUCAAUUUCCACCUCGGAUUUGAAGUCCCAGAACACUAUAUUUCCUCCCCCAACCAGGAAAAAAGAUAGAUAAGAGAGAAGUACAAAGGAGCCCCGGGAACUAACUACCUACUAGGAUCCAGUUUGUCUCUUCUACACACACAACAUACAUAUCACCUGUCAUGUAUCCACGCCAACGUAGACUCACACUGUCACAUGUAUACAUGAACAGGGGGCAUUCACCCUCAUCAAAUAUAUAAACACACCCAGACAUGCACACACAAUGACAUAUGGUCACACAUAGUCACUGGCACAAUUACACACACACACACAUACAUACAUUUUAUUUAUUUCUGGACACCCCAUUCAAAGAUCUAAGACAAGGAGAAAACAGUAACUACACAUAUGAAGCUUUCAUUGUGGUUAUUGAAAGGCAGCCUUCUUGGAGACUAAAAGUUGGUGGGUUGAUUUAGAUUUGGCUCUUGGAGGGGCUUUAAUUCUAGUAGGGGAUGAAACCAUAAAGGGAAGUUGGAACAGUGUGAACAAAAGGUUUUCAAGAUGCAUCCAACAGCAGUGCACAGGAAGGCUUCACAGCACAGAGGAAGGGCAGAGAGGCCAGUUGUAAAUAUCUCUAUAGAUCCAUAUAGCUAGAUAUAUUAUUCUUGCCCUAAUGUGCUGCAAUGAUAGCAGUUGAAUUCAACUACGACCCAUACUCUGUGAGGUUAAGUGUCAAGGUAAAGAGAAGGUUUGGCAAUUACACCUUUUCAGAAAUUUGAACCUUCUGGGUUUCCCAUGGAUAUGGGCAUUUUAACCUGAAAUUUGCCAGAUCUUCCCUUUUCAUGUCUCUACGUGGUCUGUCAUUGGUGAUGUUCAGCCCCAUUUUCAGCUGUCCAGCAUUGCAAGCAUACUCCCUCCAGCUGGCUGCCUAUCUUUUCUUACCACUCAUACUUCACAUCAAGUAACUGGAAGUGCAUAGCAACCAUCCAGGUGAUCCUGGGUUCAGCCAAUGAAAACGCACUUAGUAAUUUGGAGCUUGGGAAGAGGAAAUGGCCUUGCUGAGUCUGGAAUGGAGCACCCCAACUAUACCCCUCUACCAACCUUCCAUUUCCUUCCCUCCCACUAACUUUUCCUCUAGAAUCCCUACCAUGGGAAAGAUACCCCAAGUCUCAUUCCCAAGUGUUGUUUUGUUAUGGGGAUAUGUGACACGUUUCCUAGGAAUUUGUUGCCUAUUCCAUCUGCCACUGUGGGGUGCCUUUGCAGAUGUAACAAUCUAUUGGUUCUCAAUGGAGCUUGAAAGAUAUAUUCUUGAGAUUUAUGUCAUCUUGUUAAUAGCAAAGCUACAACAUCUUUGCAUAUUUGGAGCUAACUGUUGCUGAGACUGUGGGCAUUCCUAAUGAGGCUUCCUUAUUCUGUAUAUACAAAAGCUAACCCUUUGAUCUAUUAACCACUGAAUGCAUUUACUAAGCUAUGCACCUGCAUGGCACCCUGCCGUGGUGAUGAGCAGUAACUUCUAGCUAUUCCACAGCUCGGCAUAAAAGGAAAUCGUGACUUGUCCUACUGAAAGUGCAGUUAUGUUUGUGUUUGCUGUAUAGUAUCCUGUGAACAAUAUGAAGUCUAUAUUAUCAGUGUUGGGUUUUCAGGGGAGGGAGGGGAAGGAUGUCAAAAUAUCUUCUUGAUAUAUUUAAAUUAUAAAAUAAAGCAUUUGGUCAGGGUCACUUCUGUUGACUCAACUGGUGUGAGCAUUUGCACCUACCAUCUUGCCAGACUGCAUCCCUAGGGUCAGUAGUCAUCAGCAGAGCUAGCGGUGCCUGAGUUUAGGGCACCUAAACUUCCUGACAUUAGGCAGUUUCAGGGGAUGCUUUCAAGGGCAGCUAAGUCAGGAAUAUCCUGAAAGCAUUUGAAAUGAGUAAAAUUACACAUGUAGGUCUUGAAGAAUGGUGCUGAUCCAAGCAGUGAAAAUCAAGAAAAGAAGAGGCCCAAGAUUAGUUGUCCUGGGAGGUUUUAUCCACAAGAAGACACAGAGCAGCAAAGUUUUGUGAGAUGACUGGGGCCUCUCUCUUUGUCCUCAUUAAAUGUACAUUUUUGCAUGAACAUGACCUUGACUGGCCCUGACUUCAAGAAACUAUAUGAAGAAGCAAAAUUAUGCUUCUGAAAAACAUGCUGAAAUAAAAUUUUGUAAAUAGCCAACAGGGAAAAAUAAAGGUAUAU